UACCACUCGGACGAAGACGCCCCAAGCUCCGACGACCUGGAGCAAUUCGCCAAACAGUUCAAGCAGAGGCGCAUCAAACUUGGUUUUACGCAGGCGGACGUGGGCUUAGCGCUGGGCACGCUCUACGGAAACGUCUUUUCCCAGACCACAAUCUGUCGAUUUGAGGCUCUGCAACUGAGUUUCAAGAACAUGUGCAAACUUAAACCUCUGCUUAACAAAUGGCUCGAGGAGACAGAUUCAAACACUGGCAGCCCCACGAAUUUGGACAAGAUUGCAGCACAGGGCCGGAAACGAAAGAAGAGGACCUCCAUCGAAGUCGGAGUGAAAGGGGCACUGGAAAACCAUUUCUUAAAGUGCCCCAAGCCCUCCGCCCACGAAAUCACCUCUUUAGCUGGCACUCUGCAGUUGGAAAAAGAGGUUGUGCGUGUGUGGUUUUGCAACAGAAGACAAAAAGAGAAAAGAAUGACACCGGUGGGGGUCCCUCAUCCGACCAUGGAGGACGUAUACUCACAAGCGGAGACACCCCCUCUCCAUCACACGCUACAGAGUCCUGUCCAGUGACUGCUAUCAUAAACAGUGUACUUGUUUGAAAAGAAACUACAAUGGAUUUUGUUUAUCCCCUUUGUUUAUCCCAAGAGAUCAGAGACAGAAAGUUUGGGAAGAGUUCGCUGACAGUGACCGCACAGCUUAUGGGACGCCAAUAAUUCUGAAUAACGUGAAAAUGCAUUAAGUACCACGUCAGCUUCGCGUGCAUUUAUCAAAUCAGUACCAGUGUUUACGAAAAUCGUAUCGCUUGUGCCACUCUGGAAAAAUUCGAUUCUUUCACCGCCGAUCAAAGGGAGCUACGAGUCACAAAAAGGGCAAUGUCUCCUUGGACAAAGGAGAGUGGACAGUGAUUUUAUUAAAGCGAUUAGCCAGAUUAAUUAUCACAAUGAUUCAUCCGAUAUUAUUUGUGUUGUUUACUUUUUUUUUAGAAUGUUUUAACGUUAAGAUCUUUUUUUCUGUCUAGCGAGUAUUUUACUUUAAUUUCAACUAAGACAGAUGAAAUUCGUGAUGUAAAGAACAGGCACUUGGUCAAAACCUCCAAAACAAGCAAGUGCACCAGAAACUGUUUACAAAGAUCAUUUCUUAGCACCUGCUAUCGUCUAAAGAUGCAUAGACGUUAAAAUGGCAACAUGAAUACACUGUCUGAAACAAUAUUUAGUCAUAUUGAGUUCUUCAUUUUUUCCUC